UGAGCUUGACAAAAAUGGCCGGCUUGUUUGACCCGUUAAAGCCUCUCUAAUAUCACCAUCAUAAUCAUCUCUUACCAUCUCUCCUUCAGACCAAUCUAAGAUUUUUCCACCAAAGUGAUUUUCCCAUUCACAUUCUUGCUAUUUUCUAUUGUUUUUUGGGGAGAAAGUUUGCGAAUUUGGUCAUGACUUUAAGGUGUAGACUUAGACGCGGACUUGCUUUUCUCUGAACCGAUGGAGUUUCAUUUUCUUCUGCAAAGAACCCAACUCCCAGCUGUGAUUCAAGAACCCUUUAGAGGGUUUUUUCAGUCAGGUUUAUGAGUCUGGAUUGUGGAUUUUCAGUCCUUGUUUCGUGAGAUCAUUGGCUAGCCUCGAAUUGGGUUUUUUCCAGCCUUGAUUUUUCUUCUUUGUGUAAUUUUCUUGAGCUCUUGCAUUAAGUUGGAACUAAGCUAAAUCUGUUUGGGGAUUGUGGUGGCUAUGUAUCCCAAGAAUAUGCUGCUGAGUAGUAGAGUUCUUGGCAGUUUUGCUUUUAUUCUUUUAUGGUUGGUGCUUCGCUCUAGCUUCUGCCAUGGUGAUCAGAAUGAUAUUAAUUGCUUGAAGAUUAUAAAGGAUUCACUAGAAGACCCGUUUGGUUAUUUGAACUCCACAUGGAAUUUUAACAAUCGUACUGAAGGCUUCAUCUGUAAGUUUACCGGAGUAGAGUGCUGGCACCCUGAUGAGAGUAAAGUUCUAAAUAUCCGGCUUUCGGACAUGGGACUCAAGGGUCCGUUUCCUAGAGGAAUUGAAAAUUGCAAGAGCUUAACAGGCUUAGAUCUUUCAAAUAACAAGCUUUAUGGUCCUAUUCCCACUGAUAUCUCCAAACUCAUUGGGUUUGUGACAACUCUUGAUCUCUCAUCCAACAAUUUCUCAGGGCCUAUACCCCAACUGCUCUCUAAUUGUACUUAUUUGAAUGUUCUCAAACUUGAUCAUAAUCGGCUCACCGGUCAGAUUCCUUUAGAACUUGGCCAGCUCUCUCGGCUUAAAGAAUUUAGUGCUACCAACAAUCUUCUCACUGGGCAAGUGCCCACUUUUCAAAGCAAAUUAAUUACAGCACAGAGCUAUGCAAACAAUCCGGGACUCUGUGGGGAACUUUUGGAUCCUUGUGAAGCAAGUCCAAAGAAGUCUCGGACUGUAAUUAUCGUGGCAUCAGCUGUUGGUGGUGUGACUUUUGCAGCACUGGCUGUUGGGGUUGGUUUAGCCUUCUUCUUCCGUAGAGUGGCUGUGAGGAAGAAGGAAGAGGACCCUGAAGGAAACAAAUGGGCAAGGAGCUUAAAGGGAACUAAAGCCAUCAAGGUUUCCAUGUUUGAGAAGUCAGUUUCAAAAAUGAGACUGAGUGAUCUCAUGAAGUCUACAAACAAUUUCAGCAAGGACAAUGUUAUAGGAUCUGGAAGAACUGGAACGAUGUUUAAAGCAGAGCUUGAGGACGGCAGUUCAUUAAUGGUCAAGAGGUUGCAGGAAUCUCUGCACUCUGAAAAAGAGUUUUUAUCUGAGAUGGCCACUCUAGGGAGUGUAAGAAACCGUAACUUAGUCCCACUUUUAGGCUUUUGCAUGGCAAAGAAGGAGAGGCUUCUGGUCUACAAGCUAAUGGUGAAUGGCACCCUCCAUGAUAGGCUACAUUUCUUGGCAGAAGGCGAUAAGCCUUUGGAGUGGCCAACAAGGCUCAAAAUUGGAAUAGGGGCAGCCAGAGGAUUGGCAUGGCUCCAUCAUAACUGCAAUCCCCGUAUUAUUCAUCGAAACAUAAGCUCCAAAUGCAUACUGUUGGACGGAGAGUUUGAGCCAAAAAUAUCUGAUUUUGGUCUUGCUAGACUCAUGAACCCGAUUGAUACACAUUUGAGUACUUUCGUGAAUGGAGAAUUUGGAGAUCUAGGCUAUGUUGCUCCUGAGUAUGCAAGAACUCUAGUGGCCACCCCAAAAGGAGAUGUGUACAGCUUUGGAGUUGUUCUUCUGGAGUUGGUGACAGGUGAGAGACCGACCCAUGUUGCUAAAGCUCCAGAAACCUUCAAGGGAAAUUUAGUGGAAUGGACAACACAGCUGUCUGGAAACUCCGAACUGCACAGUGCUAUAGAUGAAUCCUUACUUGGGAAAGGCGUAGAUGGCGAGCUUUUUCAGUUCCUUAAAGUUGCGUGUAGCUGUGUAGUGGAAACUGCAAAGGAGAGACCUACUAUGUUUGAAGUAUACCAGCUUCUAAGAGCCAUAGGAGAGAAUUAUCAUUUCACUGCUGAGAAUGAUAUAUUAAUACAAACCGAAAACAGUGAUGCUGGUGUACUAGAGGAACUCAUUGUUGCUCGAGAAGAUCUGAAUGGUAAUUGAAAAAGGUAUGAAAAAGAUGUAGAGUAAUGAGCAUCACAAGUACUCAUGUAAUUAUUUUGGCUGCAGUAUUGUUAGUGGUUACUAUAUCAUAUCUUGGCUUCUUUAGGUACUGUUACUUUGUACUAGUGUCUGUUUGAUGUAAAAGUCUAGUAUUAUUUUACAAAACUAUGAAAGUUAUAUAUGUCUCCAUCAUGUGAUGACCCUCUAAAAUAAUUCAAUCUUUCUUCUUUUGUCA